CGUCACUUAAAGGGAACGCAGCCAGUAACGGCUGCUGCUGCUGCUGCCUCCGCCGCUACAGCCGAAGGCCUUCGGAUCCCUGACAAAAUGAGACCCAGAGGACGAGGACUGUGAAGUUCCUGUGAAAAGAAUCCUGCCAUGUCCGGUCCCACCUGGCUGCCGCCGAGGACCCUGGACAGCCCAGAGCGCUCCGUCCCCCAGAUGUCCCACCCCGCCGGGCCACCGAUCUACCAGACCGUCAACAAGAAGGGCGUGUCCGAGUUCAGGCCGAAAUACGCUGCCUACGACCAGAACGGAGGCGCGGGGAUGAGCAACAGGUACAUGGCGACUGGACCCACAGGUGGGCCCGUUCAUCAUUCAUCAAGCGAGCACUAUUACUCCCCUCCCCGUGGCCCCACAGAGGACCGAAGCUGGAGCGCUCACAUGGACAGCUACGACAUGAUGCAUCGUGGUCCUGAAAAACCCGGCAACUACCACACCAAGAUCGAUGCCGACAUCGACUCCCUCACCUCCAUGCUGGCCGAUCUGGACAGCCACCCACAGGACUCCAGCGCCCAGCUCUAUGACAACGUGCCUUACAACAAAUACAUCUCAGGGGAUCCCUACAAAUCUGCGCGUCAGGGCGCCGCCCCGGCUCAGGCUCGGCAGUCCAUGGGCUACAGCUCCCACCCCCAGAGUCAGUAUCACCCCGCCCCUCCGUAUCCCGGCGAGCAUCAGACCCCCCAGUACUCCCACCAGCAGGACUUCUACUCCCCGCCUAAGCCCUACCCGCAGCCCGUCCCGGCCUCCUACACCACCGCCUCCACGCCCACCGGGCCCAGGUUCAGCGUUCAGGUCAAGACCGCGCAGCCCGUCACCUACUCUCAGACGGGGAGGCAGGCCGAGCAGGCUUACACCCCGCCCCCGCCUCGGCAGCACGUGUCGCGGCCGCCGGCCCAGAACCAGCAGACGGGUCCGCAGGGCUGGUACCCUCCACACCUCGCCUCGCAGGUCCAGGAGCUGCACUCUGACGGGGGCUACAAGGGCAACAGCUUGGGGUCUGGAGGAAGAGUUAACCAGGUUGCACUGUCCAAGAGGGGCAUCGAGAAGACCCAGACAGCCCAGACGUCGGCCCAGACGCCGCCUUAUCAGUCCAGCAAGCAGGGGGCAGCAUCGACGAGGCCUGAGGAGGAGCUGGAUCGGCUCACCAAGAAGCUGGUGUAUGACAUGAACCAUCCGCCUGCAGAGGACUAUUUUGGUCGCUGUGCUCGCUGCGGGGAUAACGUGGUCGGCGACGGCAGCGGCUGCAUCGCGAUGGAGCAGGUCUUCCAUGUGGAGUGUUUCACGUGCAUCACCUGCCACGCCCGCCUGCGGGGGCAGCCCUUCUACGCCCUCGACAAGAAGAGUUACUGUGAGAGCUGUUACAUUAGCACGUUGGAGCGCUGUUCCAAAUGCUCCAAGCCCAUUCUGGACCGGAUCCUGCGGGCCAUGGGGAAAGCCUACCACCCCCGUUGCUUCACCUGCGUCGUCUGCAACUGCUGCUUGGACGGGGUGCCGUUCACCGUGGACGCCACGUCCCAGAUACACUGCAUAGACGACUUCCACAGGAAGUACGCCCCUCGCUGCUCUGUGUGCGGCGAGCCCAUCAUGCCCGAAGCGGGCCAGGAGGAGACCGUCAGGAUCGUAGCGCUCGACCGCAGCUUCCACGUUCACUGCUACGUCUGCGAGGAAUGCGGCCUGCUGCUGUCGUCUGAAGGCGAAGGCCGGGGCUGCUACCCGUUGGACGGACACAUCCUGUGUAAGAGCUGCAGCGCCCGCCGCAUCCAGGACCUCUCCGCCAAAAUCUCCACCGACUGCUAGCGGGUCUCCUGCCUCCUCCUCCCGCCUCCUUCACAUCUGCAGACCCAAACCCGGUCAGGGCGUCACUGACGGCACAAACGUCUCCCCCUUUAGUUAUUUUUGUUUUUCUCUGUUGUCUGCAUCCGGAU